CUGGGCAACUUAGAUGUAUGCUAUUUAAAUAUCACAGUUCUUGGAUUCCUACAUUAAGCAUAAACAUAUUGAGAUUUAGGAAUGUUAAGUAACCGUAGUCUUGGAUUACCCAGUCAGGGGUGAGGUGCAGCUCUGGGACAAUGCACACAGGGAUCCCGAACUUGUCCUCCUCAUUCAGAUGUUCAUGUGAGUAGUUUCAACUCUAGUUAAAAUAAUUUUAAAUCUAGGGGCUGGAGUGCUAGUACAGUGCAUAGGGUGUUUGCUUUGCACAUGGCUACUCAGGUUCUUUUCCCGACACCCCCAUAUCAGCUGGUCCCUAGUGCCCCCCAGCUAUGAUACUUGAGCAGAGAGCCAGGAGGAAGCCCUGAGCACCACUGGCUUUGGCCUAACCACUGUUCUCCAAAUUUGUAUCUAAAAUAAUUUAAAAACUUUUUCGGCCGGAACCGCCAGCGCCCAGUAAAUCGCCAAUGACCAACACAAAGGGAAAGCGGAGGGGGACUCGCUAUAUGUUCUCUAGACCUUUCAGAAAACAUGGAGUUGUUCCUUUGGCCACAUACAUGCAUAUAUACAAGAAAGGUGAUAUCGUAGACAUAAAGGGAAUGGGCACAGUCCAAAAAGGAAUGCCCCACAAGUGUUAUCAUGGCAAAACUGGAAGAGUCUACAAUGUUGCCCAGCAUGCUGUUGGCAUUGUCGUUAACAAGCAAGUCAAGGGCAAGAUUCUUGCCAAGAGAAUUAAUGUCCGCAUUGAGCAUAUUAAGCACUCUAAGAGUCGAGACAGCUUCUUGAAACGGGUGAAGGAAAAUGAUCAAAAAAAGAAGGAAGCCAAAGAGAAAGGGACUUGGGUCCAACUGAAGCGCCAGCCUGCUCCACCCAGAGAAGCCCACUUUGUAAGGACCAAUGGAAAGGAACCUGAGCUGCUGGAGCCCAUCCCCUGUGAAUUCAUGGCAUGAGAAGUGUUUGUUUAAAAAUAAAGAGACUCCUGGACUAUAAAAAAAUAAAUAAAAUAAAAUAAUUUAAAAUUAAACAAAAAAAUUUUAAUUGAGUCACCGUGAGAUAGUUACAGAGUUGUUCAUGAUUGGAUUUCAGUUAUAUAAUUUUAAUUAAAAAUUUUGACAUUUUUU